AUGGCGUCACUAGGCCACCUACGCCGCGCGCUUAUCUUCUCCGCCGCUUUCACCCUUCUCCUUCCGCCCACCACCGCAACCACUCAGUCGUACGCCAUUGCCCGCGACAAAAACCUACGCGGAGGAGCCGUUGAGCAUAACAGCACACCAGACUCCCCAGACAGCUUCGGCCCUGCAUCUUCUGAUUCAGAUGAUAGCUACAGCUCGGGGUCGCCUGGUGCAGAAAACGCGGAGGUGAAGGCGGCGAGGAGGGUUUCUUCAGCGGAUGCGGAGGCGGCGGAGGCACUAGCAGCGUACGAAGAGGCGAAGCGCGCCCUCGCGUCGCAGAAGAUUGAGCAGGAGGAGAUGCGCAUCCGGGCGCUCGAGGCGAGGCAGCAGCAGCGUGACGCGGCGCGCGAGCAGGCGGAGCUGGACGCGGCAGUUUCGGCGGCGGAAGCGGAGCUUCAGUCCGCGGAAAACGCGCUCAAAGAAGCGCGGCAGGAGCGCGGCGCUAACGCGGCGGCAGGCGCCGCCAGCACGGUUGACAGAGCCGCUCAGCGCAAGGAUCAGGCAGCGCGGAAGCUCUCCGCCGCGCGCGCCGAGGCGCGCGGGAACCGGCCGUACCUGCAGGAGAUGGAAACAAACGUGCGCGACUUCGAGGGCGCGUUCGUGAUGGCGGCGCGAGAGGCGGGAAUGGCGGCGGAUAGGGUGAAGGCGCUCCGGGCGGAGAUGGUUGAGAAGAUGGAGAGGGCGGCGGAGGCUCAAUCUGCGUGGCAAUCGGUGGUAAUAGAGGAGGAUAAACACAGAGAGGCUAUUGUACAAGAAGCAGAGCGUCACGAUGGUGCUCCACUGGUUGUUGUAGCAGCUGCGUAA